UCUUAUAACAGGAUUUAACAUCUUCUUUCACUGUACGAUCGAUUGACUUUAUUUAUAUUGUAUCUCGAGGAUCGAUAACUAAUUAAAAUAAAAAUGCAACUCUUCAACUUCUGCGGGGGUAAUAAAGAAAAUGUUUAUUGUGGCUUUCGAAUGUUCGCGCCGGUGAAAAAUUCUGUAAAAAGUGAUAUUUAUAUUUUUAAUCAACAAAAUAUUAUAUUAUCUGAAAUCUAAUGUAAUAUGAAGCAGUUAUAUGUUCCAUAAGUGGAGGAAAACAUUACAAGAUGAGUGAUAGCUCAGCAGAUCCCAUCAUCACAGUUACACUAGAGUCCGCAGAUGGAGACGCGGAUGUUAUUAAUCUCGACGCUGCUACUAGGAGUCUAUUAAUAAACGGUGGGCCCGGUAACAAUUUACAAAAACAUGUUACUUCGUCAAAGAAUUUUUGGAUAGAGCUGCCGCAGUUGAUAAUUGUAGAGACGCGCUUUAUUACACAACAGAUAGCUGCACAGAAUCGUAUAUAUUCUGCGCAAACAUUAUUACCAAUAACUGAUUAUAGAUUUGAGCUAGACGCGCAGGAGACCUGUACAAACGCCGCACAAACGAAGACGCCACCACUACUAUUAGAGGUAGGCACACUAGCAAAACCCGAUGUUGUUGAUGCCGAGGUAAACACUGACAGUCCUAAUCCCUGUCGCGAUCGGGCACAACAAACAACAAAAACAUUAAUACAAACUGCAGCGGUAGGCAUUCAGUGCAAUUUAGAUGACUAUUUGGAAUGUGAGGAAGCGCCGACUGAUGAGAAUGAGUUGAAAGCAAAGAAAGGCGCUGAAAAUCAGCAAUUUUUGACAUUCACACAAGAAAAUUCUAUAUUUUACUUGAAUGGAAGACACGAGUGCAUGUUAUGUGGAGAAGUUGAGGACACAAUGGAAAGAAUGCUUUCGCACUUAGCACUCCAUUGGGGUCCUGCAGCGCUGUGCCAUCUCUGUGGUUUACAAUUUGAACAUCGCAGGUUAAUGUCGUUGCAUCAAUGCAAAGUGAGACUACGCAAAAGUAAAAAGAGGAAAAAGGUGUACAGACAAUGUCCCGUUUUUUGGUGUGGCGCCGUGAAUGCCUCAACAAAAGAAUUAAAUGAACACUUACGUAGGCACUUCCGCAUGCGAAGGCGACGUGCUUGUGUGACUUUUACACUCGAUCAAACGAUAGUAAUUAAACGGCCUUUUUAUACAAAAACAAAUUGUUUACAUCGAUGCAACAUAUGUUUGCGUCGAUAUAAAAGUUCUCAAAAAUUUACUAAGCACAGAAAACGUUGCCUUAGGUGCUUCAUAGCACAAAUGAAGGGGCAGAAAUUUGUAGAUCCUCUACUAAUAUUUAGUAGAAAAUAAACAUACAAUUGAUAUGUGCAUCCUCAUAAAGAGUGAAGUGACAUAAAUAAUCCAACAACGUUGCACAAAAAACACCUAUCUCCCAUACAAAUUGUUAACUGUUUAACGCAACAAGUGUAUUACAAUGUACUCUUCGCAACACUAUAUACUUAUA